GGAUUGUUGGGAAGCAGUCGGGGUAGGACGCUCCGGAUCCUGAUGGACACGGGAUUGUUUGCCAGGAAUCUGGCCCGGACGUGCCGGAGGGGUGGGAGCCCGUGGCGGCAGCGGGAGAGCGGAGCAGCCUCCGCAGCGGGGUGGCCGAGCCCCGGCACUCAGCGCGCCCGGGGCCGCGGUUCCUGCGGCCACCUGGGGCUGGCUCCGGAGCUGGAGCCCCAUGGAGCCGGGACUGGCACUGGCCCGGGAGCGGGGGAUAAAGCGGCCCCACGGGACCGGGCACAGAGCCACCGGGAGAUGGAUAGGACCCCUCCCAUCCACGGACCCGGAGGUCUUGGACUUGCAGAGGUGUCCCGCAGGUACCAGACUCAAAGGCAAGGGAGCAUGGAAAGAAAAUGCAGAGAGAUGGAGUCAGUGCUUGGAGGAAGAGGACCAUGUGGAAGCUCAAGAAACAGAUUUUCCAACCUGGUUUUCCUAGUGACAAGUCAAAUCCUCAUGGAUGAAGGAAACCCCUCCUGGGCUGAUAACACCCCUUUGGAAAGUGAUCUGAAGAGUUUCCUCUCCUUCUUUCUAAUACUGGAGGGGUUUGUUCCUGACCUGCCAGCACCAGUGGGACCCAGUCCAGGGAAUGCUGAGGAGAUGCCAGCAGGGACAAAGGUGAAGCCCAGCGAGGUCCCAGGAGCCACCAGCCCCAGGGGACACAGCUCUGAAUUUCCAUAGCAAAGCCCCCUGUCGUUUUGCUGCCUUUGAGGAAUUUUCUCUUUUUCCUGAGAAAUUCAAAGUGCUGGGUGUGAUUUCCUGCCCACCUGGCAGGGAACCUCCCGUGGCUCUGGGAAAGGGAGGCUCCAGCCCCUGUCCCGGAGCUCGGUGGGGACGUGGGGUGACACAGAGACACCGGGCAAGUGUCACAGGCAGGUGGCCACCAGCAGCACCUCCUCACUGGCCACGUUUGCCCACUUGACCCUGGAGCACAUCCAGGUGGAUGGGUGGGUCUGUGCCCCCUCCCCAGGGCCGUGUGAGAGAUCUGCACCCCAGUUUGGAGCCACCCCUUGCAAAAGGAGGGGGCAGAACCCCGAGGGGCAGGGGAAUGCCAGACACCCCGGUCCCUGUUGCUCUGCAGGGAUGAAAAUAAGCACACACAUCUGGUUCCCUGAGGAAUUUCACAUCUUGCUGGCUGUGAGGAAAACCUGACAGGGAUGCAGCCCGGGCAAAAUCAGCUCAGCCUCUUGUUCCCAAACACAGAAUAAGUGAGAAAUAUCCAUGCUGGAAGAGCAACCCUAGCCGAGGAGAGGCUGAGGAGAGAGAAAAGGGCUGCUCACUGCAGUGCCCAGUGAUGACAUUUAAAGGCAGGUUGUCCCCAGUGCUGGGUGACACAAGAAAGGGGAAGGACAGCAUUGAGCAGGGGUUGUUCUUCAUCCCAGGAUCCCAAAGGCAGCAGGAAUUGUCACUGUCUUGCUGCUUCACCCGCCUGCUGCCUGCUCCCUUGGGCUCCUACCAGUGCUGGGGCCUUCCAGGCACUCUGGUGAUGAAUUAGAGGGGCUUGGAGGCCACACAGAGUGGAACAGAGUGGGACAGAGCAGCUCUGCAUCACCUCUGGGGUCAUUGCCAGCCUGCAUCCAAACGCCAGAGCCAUGCUGGGAGCUGUGUGGUGGUGAGAACACCAGGGAACAAGGUGGAGAUGACCUUGAUGGCACUGAACACCCCCUGGCACCAUGGCACUGGGGUUGUCACCAGGGUGGUCACAGCUAACAGGGCUGGGUGGCUACAGGGCUCGUUACCUGGGGACACAAAAUGCCUGGGAAACACCCCUGACCCUCUUGCCAUGGGUUUUUGGGCUGCUAUUGAUGAUGGCUGGGAGGGAGGCUGGAGUGGCCUCGGGACAGGUGUGGAGAGGGCACAGCAAAGAGCAUCCUCUGGCAGGUGCAUGGAGGGAGCACAGAUGGUGUAAUGGAGGGGGUGGAGCAGCAGCUCCAAACCCAGCACUGCCUGGGAAAGAUGGAGCAGGGGUGGACUGGCAGAUGUGGAGAGACAGGCUCCAGAGGGACCCAUCAUCAGCGCCUCUGAUAUCAGCAGGACAAACAGGCAGGGCCUCAGGAGCAGUUUGUCCAGGAGCAGGGAGAGGCUGCAGGGCUCUGCCCACACUGGCACUGCCGUGCCUGGCUGAAAUGCUCCUUCACAGAAUCACAGAAUGCCUUGGGUUGGAAGGGACCUUAAAGAUCAUCUGCCUUUGGUCCAGGGAGCAGCCAGCCAAUGUGUCCUGAGCCCUCCUGUGUGUCCUGAGUGCUCCUGUGUGUCCUGAGUGCUCCUUCCCACCUGUCCCUCCUCCCAUGCUCAGCUGGGACAGACCCUCCUUGGCUGCCUGCUCACAGUGCUCUGUUCCUGGAGCUCCUCAUCCUGGCCCUGUCCUGGCACAGAUCCUGCCUCUA